CUCGUCGUGUGACGUAACCUCGGACCCGCGAAGCAUCAUUUGCGUGUGAUGUGUGUGCGCGUGAAGACCUGUGUUCUCGAGACCGAUCGCGUUUUGUCAAAACGCCUCAAAGGCGUUCUCAUAAUGUCAGUCAAUCUUGCGAUAAAAACGUGCAAUUUUCACGCGAGUGCCGAGCGAUAAGUGCAUUUCCGCGUAUCGUAAGAUUUGCGUAUCCGAGUUUGCUAAAGCCAAGCGAGCAGGCCCACUUACUUCUGAUUUCAUGUGUUGCCAGUGAUUUCAGUGAUCAAAUAGUUUAAAGGCUGAACAAAAUGGACGUCACUGGGGAUCUGAAUCUACAGUGGGUAGGAGACGUGGAGCUGCACGAGGAGGUGAUAUGUGGCCUGGAGGCACAGCUGGUCGCAUCGGAGGAGGAGGUAAUUGGCGCCUGUGAGGAGGUAGCAGUGGAGGAAACCGUCGAGUCCGUUCCAGUGGAGAGCCAUGUUCCUGCCACCGAGUCUGAGAUACUCAUGGUACCUCAGAGCAAUGACAUGGAGUCGAUCUACAUAGUGCCACAGGAUCAGGGGCAUGACUAUCUAAAUAUACAAGUGGGAGUCACUGAGGAAGUGAUUACUGAUAACUGGGACAGACCUGGUCCAGACGAUGGGGUCGAGAUUCCAGAGGCCAAAGUGACUCAUGACAAUCUUCUGGAAUACGAUGAUAUGGAGAUACCAUUACCGAUCGAUCAGGACUCCUAUCAAAAUGCUCGGCCGUAUCCAUGCGACUUCUGCAGCCGCAGGUUCCGAAAGAAGGCUAAUUUGAUGAAUCACAUCGUGGCACAUCAGACAGAUAGGCCAUAUGGCUGCAAUCUAUGUGGGUCUCGCUACGUACGUAAAUGUGACUUAAACAAUCACUUAAAGGUCCACGCGUACGCACCAUCGUCGCAAGACGGCCUCGAGGACGAUUUAAAUGACGAGGACUCGAUGGCGGCUGAAGAGGAGGAUGUAACGACCAGUGGCAAUAAAGGCAGGCGCAAGAAGGUGCAAUCGAGCGCGCCACGGAAAAGGAAGAACAAUACUGCCGCUAAUGUGCCGAAACGCAACAUCGAGAGCAUCAAGAUAGAGAUGGGCAAGUAUGUGUAUAAACCAUACAAUGAUUAUAUGGACGCGCUAGAAUCAUUCCACGAGGACGAGCUGACCGAUGGUUAUUCUGCACGCAGCGGCAAUUACGCAUCUAGCUCGAGGUGGCAGAUGGAGGAGAUGUCAUCUGUCACGGGCAGAGAGCAGCCGCAACAGUGGCCUGUCACCGAUCCUACGAAGCCGUAUGUCUGCCAAUCCUGCGGCAUCGGUUUUGCUAGGGAGAAGGCACUGGCAUCACAUGCGCGUAUUCAUGGUGGUGAUAGUCCUUUCGAAUGUACCUCAUGUGGAGACAUGUUUUGGGAUAUCAAUAGUUUAAGGGAUCAUGUGCGUAUCAAGCAUGGUGGUACAAUUCCCCAGCAGAUAUCCGAUACAGAGGAAUAUGACAAUGAGGCCGCUUACACGGGCGGCAAUGAGAGGAUCGGCGAGUUUUAUUGUAAUACUUGCGCGGUACCGUUCCAUCGUUUGGAUCUACUCAAACGCCAUCAGAAAAUUCACAUAAAAUCAGAGAUGGACACAAUGGAAGGUUCCAGUCAACAUUAUACGUGCAAUGUUUGUGGAGAAGAAUUUGAAGAGGCUCUAGCACUAUUAGCACACGCGGAACUUCAUGCUCCAAGAUCUCCUAGUCGUCGUUGUUUACUGUGCGGGGCGAGAUGUCGUGACGAAACAGAAGUCGCGGAUCAUGUGCGACAGAAUCAUGCUGAGGAUGCACCUCCAAACACAUGUACGAUGUGUGGAAAAACAUGCAAGGACAAGCGCAGUUUACUCAAGCAUUCUUGGAUACAUAAUGUCGACAAAACCUUUGGUUGCACAAAGUGCGGGAAGCGCUUCCACAGUAAAGCACGAUUACGAAGACACAUGGUAUCGCAUCGUAACAAGAUGGUAGCUUGCGAUGAGUGCGGCGAAGAGUUUCCCGAUGGACGAGCUCUCGUGAGCCACCGUCAUUCACAUAAUAGGGAACUGGGCGGCCGUUCUUUUCCAUGCCGCGAGUGCGGGAAGACUUUCGGUAGUCGUAGCUCACAACAGAUUCAUAUACGUAUUCACACGGGCGAGAGACCAUACGGUUGCCGAUUCUGUUGGAAGGCUUUCGCAGACGGCGGUACUCUGAGGAAACACGAGCGUAUCCACACUGGCGAAAAGCCAUAUGGAUGUGCGAUCUGUCCUCGGGCAUUUAAUCAGAGAGUAGUUCUUCGAGAACACGUGCGCGCUCAUCAUUCAGGUCCUGAUCCAAAAUGCGUAGGCAGUGCAACACCAUAUUUGUGCAAGGUAUGUGGUGAGUCGUACAGUACAUCCGAGGAGAUAGUGGCACAUAUAGUGCAACAUUGUGACGAUAACACUGCGUUGAGACGUCAACCUCAGACCGGGCCGCGCAAAUAUAAGAGGAGACGCAAAACGAAGCCUCUUGAAACAAACACAGUGGUACGUAGAAACGAGUUUUCGUUCGACAUGAUGGAAAGUAGCGGUGGCGGGGUCACCGGGAGUGGUACUGUUGGUGGCAGCAGCGGUGUCGUCGGUGGAGGUACUGGCACUGGUGGUUCCGAUUCGGAAGAAAAUACAAAGCGGAAACUUGGCAGGAAGAACAAGCAACAUCGAUCGAACGUCGAGGAAGGCUAUCAGAAUGUGCUAAAAAGCUUUGAAAGCUCUCUACAAAACAUAAACUCGAUUGUAAGCAACUCCAAAUUAAACGCAUCCAAAUCGAAGCUUUCGAAGAAGAAGCUGCGCAAAGAGGAGAAGAAGCAGGAGGCACAAGCAUCGAAUCAGGCGGGUCGGCCGAAGAUGAUCCACACGCAGAAGACGCGAGUGCCAGUCGAGGUGGGCAGCGACGGCGCGAAGAAAGGUCAGAAGACAAAGACGAUGGUGACUCGUACACCAAAGGUGAUGCCGAACGAGCACAAAUCCGGCAUCUUUCCAGGUGGUGAACGGAAUCGGCCGCGCACAAAGAACGUCAGUUAUCACAUUGAAGGUAAAUCGCAAAUCGUGCCAGCGACAUUUCCGAAGGAAGAUGCAUCUACGGCGCAGCACUUAUUUGUGAACAUCAAGCAAGAGCCAGGCAUUCAAAAGGCCACAGGUAACAGUCACAGAAACAACAAUGGUAAUAUUGUAGACCUUGGAAAAACUCAGGCAUCAACAAACAAGAAAAAACCGUCAUCGGCCACUGUGAAGAGAACUAAGAGGCAGAAGCCUGCAGUAGUGAAACAGGAAUUGAACGCAUCGGCCGUUACAAUCGCAGAAGAACAGCAACAGCAACAGCAGUUGCAAUUACAAAAUAAUAAUAAUAAUAAUACCAUGGAGAACAUCGGCGAUCCGAUACGAUUAAUGGAACACGCAGUGGAUGGCAGUAAUCUGGAAGUAGCUUUCGAAGCGAGUGUUGUUACCGCUCAAGAUGACGAGGGUGAAAGCAUAUUGCCAGACAACGCUAUGCAAGAAAUGGGUAACGGAGACGUUAAGCUUAGUAUCAAGGUGGAGUCGGCUCCACAAAGGAGGAUGCUCGCCGUACAUAGUGUAAUCACACCAGUGGACGAUGUCCCGGAAACGAUAAUACCGGACACGGUAGAGUAUACGUGCGAGAUGUGUGCCGCAGUGUUCUCCAGCCGUGCCGAGUUAUUGGUGCACGUGCCGAUACACAUUUGAUUUAAUAAUUUGUCCGAGCCAAAGAGUGGCACGGAGGUUUGUUCUACUUCUUUAAGUAUACUUUUCGUUUAAUCGAAUCGCAUAGUUUAUCACGGAUGAGGUUUGUUGUUUUAAAGGAGGUGACGAUCGUUGAAUUCCCUCUAUCACCACCACUAUCUUCAUCACUCGCUCUUUCCCUUCUUCCCUGUACUUCUUAUUGUUCGAUUCUCUAUCGAACAUUGCGAUUUUAUCGAUAACACUCAUAACUUCGUUAGAUGCACUCGAAUUUUCAUGUUAUAUAUAUUGAAGGAUUUAUUGACAGUCUUUUAAUUCAAUUAGCAUCGCUCGAGAAUCGUUUCUUUGUAUCAUUUCAUGAAUAACUCAAAUUUAAACUUUCUUGAUGUUUCAACAUGUAUGUGGCUAAAUGAUCGAAUCAAAUUGUUAAUGACAGUACAGACAUAUUCGGUACCAGGAACUGUUAAAUAUCAUAAUAUAUGUUAUGUAUUAGAAGUGGGAAGUAACGCGUUACGAGAACAAUGAAUCUCCAUUAUGAUACACUUUUAUUUUUUUAUAAUAACGAUUUGGAAAUGAUUUUAUAAUUUUUCAUAAUGGUAACAAUAAUACCAGAGUUGGAAUAGUCACUUUUGACAAGAAACUCUUUUUAAUUACGCUUUAUUCAUUGAAAAAAGUAAAAAUUAUUUAACUUGUUAUGUAACAGGUAAGGAUAAUGUAUUAUGUUUUCAAUGAGUAAUGCGUAAUGGUAACGAGUUAUUUAUCAAAAGUGAUUAUGUUAAUCUUGAUACUACUAUUACUGUUGUGUGAAAAAAAUUGUAUAUGUAUAAUUUUAUUACUAAAUUAUUAUAAUAAAAAUGUACUGAUAAUGAUAUAAUGGAAUAAUAACAUUAAUCGUAACGUUAUUUUUCGUUCCUCGUGUACAUCGUGAUAUAGACACAAUAUGUAUCAAAAAUAAACUAUAUAAAAAGCAUAUAUAAAAUACAUAUAUUAUGAUAUAUAAAUGAGGCUACUUAUUUUGUAUCUGACGUGUACAACUCGUCAUUGUGUUCCUUUUAUACCGUUUGGACUUUCAAAAUUUGUACGAUGAAAUACAUACAGCAAAAUUUUACAAUUGCAAUGACAGUGCUGGACUGAAAAGCAGAAUACAAGGUGCAUAAACACAAACACUUUUUCAUACAUAUGAUACAGUAUGAACAUAUAUAAAUGAAAAAAAGAGAUCCUAAACAUCGAUAUGAUCAAUACUUCUAAACGUUAUUAUUUUGACCAUGAUUACUUAUUUUUUUAUAAUUAUAAUUUAAUUCACGAAGUUUUUGACUCGUUGAAUUGAUCGAGCAAAGGCAAGGAGUAAAGUGUUGAAUUAUCGAGCGAUUUAUUUUUAGUACUUGUUAGUUUCAAUCAAUAUAGGAUAACGCCUGUGUGUAUCGUGAGAUCUGUAUUGUAUUAACUAUACAUUCGGAUAUAUUAAUUAUACGUUAUUCUGUUAAUUCAACUUUUGUUUUUUCGAAGAAAAAAAAGAAGAAAUAUUUUAAAAGGCAUAUUUAUUUGUAUUAAAACCGAGAUAAGAGAUAUUGGAAAUAAAUACGAUAUCAAUUUGAAAGGAUUAUAUAUAUAAUAUAUAUAUGAAUGCAUCAAACACUGGAUGAAUUAAUGUCGAUUCUAUAGGGUAUCUAUAAAGUCUGUCCGCAUUCCCUAUGUUUCAGAAAGUGUUCAAGAUUGAAAGAUCAAAAAAUACAUUCGAUUAUUUCAAAGGAUUAUUCUAUCUCUCCUUUAAUAAAAGAGUAGAGCUUUUCAAAAUAAUCGAACGUAUUUCGCGUUAAGGUAUUAACGUUUUUCAUAAUUUUGAAACCGUUUCCGAAAUAAAGAGGACGAGGAUAGACUUUAUGGACAUAUUCUGUACAAUAAUCGUCAAAAAUAAAACUUUGGUGAUUAAAAAAAAAGAAAGAUUAACUAUACAUAAUAACUGUACGACAUUGCACGCAUUUUUGUGUGAAUAUCAAUUUCUAUAUAAUGCAGUUUUAAUAUGUGCUUCGCGAAUAGUCAUAUAAUCACCUCUUUGAAUGCGACCAUGCGACCGUUAUAAUUAUACGUAUAAUUUUACGAGUAAAGAGAAGAGAAAAUCAGUGAGAAUCAUUUCUGAUGUGAUAGUACCACUGUCUCUAAUACCAAGUAAUCAUCGCGAUGCACUUACUGUUCUAUAAAAAUAGGUGUUUAUUGGAUCUGACAUGUCAGAUUUUAUACAAAAUUAAUGACUUCAUCUUCUUGUAUAUACAUUAGUUAUAUUUUUAAGUUGCUUUUGAUAUCAUAAAAUAAUAAUAUCACAUAUACAUAUAUAUGUGUAUGUAUGUAUAUAUUUUCUUACAUAAUAUAUAAAAUAUAUGUACAGGGUAUUUGAUAAUGAUUACACUCUCGCAUAGAAAUAGAAUGGAUUAAACUGAGUCGAAAAGUUCUAUAUCAUUUUGCGAUUUUUGCGAAUAGUUUCAGGUUAUUAAUUUAUAAAGAUAACCGAAUUCGUCUGGCCUAUCUCCAAAUGCGAUGCGUAGAACAUACUUUCAAAUAUUUUCUCACAUAUAACAGCGAUGACUGCUAAGUGGUCAUAUCUUUCCGCACGCUUAGAUUUAGCAAUAUAUCGGGCAAAUUUGGCUAUCUUUUUAAAUUAAUAACUUAUUAAUUAUUUUACGAAAAUUGCAAAAUGGUACAUAAACUUUUCAAUUCAGUUUAGUCAAUUCUAUUACUAUGCGAAAGUUUAAUAAUUAAUUAUCAGACACCUUGUAUAUAAUGUUACGUAUAUUACGUACUGUGAUAUACAUAUGUACAUAUAUAUACAUAUACAUAUAUAUAUUUAUAUUCAAAAUUGUAUAAAAAUGUCGCACUGAUAUAUCUGUUAUUAUGAUUGACACAUAAUAAAUGAUUAAAUUUGUUAUUCUAUUACUCGUGGCUGCGAGUUCUAUCUAAUUCAAAUAUUUUUUUUCCAUAAGGCGAUUAUAUAUCGCGCAAGGAAGGGAUCUCAACUGUUUCUAUGGAAUAGAAAUGUUAAAAAGAAUAAUAUCGAAAUAUAUGUCUGUAUAAUAUUAUGUGAGAUUUAUACAUUUUAUAAGUCUCAUCGAAGACUAAUACUUUUCACUAUCAAAUUCACGAGUUCUUUUAUUUAUUUAUUUAUUUAAUAUUUCUCUUUAUUGUCACAUACAUAUUCGCGUAUUUUUUUGCGUAAAUUACACAAAUUGACGUUAAUUAAAAACACUCGGUGCGUUUUUUUUUUAAAUUAAAUUCUAAAUUAAUCCCUAUUUUCUAACGUAAGUUCUAAAUUAAGAUUUAAGAAUUUAAUUAGUUUUUAGAAUAUAUAAUUCAAGGAUAAAUGUGAUGUAUGAGAUAUUAUUUUCAUGUGUUCAAAACUUUUUGUCAGACAAUUAUAACGGUAAAGAAGAAUAUUGGAUUCAACACUUUAUCUACACUUUUGCGACACCGUCUUUCGAAUUUUUCGGAUAAUGUUAUUCUGAUAGCGAUAUUUUUAUUACUGUAUUGCAUAUUCGAAGUAUUAGUUAUUGGAAAUAGAGCUGUUUUUAUAUCACACGAUACGCAUAACUUCAACAUUGAUAGAGUGAGUGAAUGAAUGAGUGAGUGAGUAAAAGAAAAAGAGACUGGCGCAUAUUAUGUAAUAUGUAGUAGAAUGAUUGUUUGUCGAAUGUUUAGAAAAAAGGGAAAAACACUCGCGAAUAUAUCCUUAGCUCGACGUUGACACGUGUAUUUUAGACAUUUGUAUUUAUACCUCCUCAUUGAUUAAGGCAAUCAAUCAAAAAAAAAGAAAAAAAAGAAAAAAGCACAAAAAGAUUAAGUA